AUGAGCAACCUCAACCUGCCCAUCCGCACUUCGCCCACCAGUGAGCGCAAUCAGCAGAGCAGGAAUUAUUUCACCAGCUAUGCCCUGCCCUCAUCCACAGAGGCCAUCAAUGGGCCUGUCAGGGAGCCGAUUAGAGACUUUGCCCCCAUAGCCGACAGGUUAAUCGUCGGCGUCGACUUUGGAACAACCUUCUCGGGUGUCGCUGCUGUCUAUACAUCUAAUCCAGAUGACGUCGAGAUCAUCAAGACUUGGCCCGGUGGUAAUGGCAUAACCUCAGACAAAGUGCCCACAGAAAUCUCUUAUGACCUCCCUCAAGACGCGCCACCUGGCACCAAGCCGACGGUGAAAUGGGGCUUCCAGUUUAAGCCCGAGGAGUCGCGCCUGCGAUGCAUCAAACUCUUCCUAGACCGGUCGCAGAAGCUGCCAUUCUAUGUGAGCCCGCUCGAGACGGCAGGCCAGCUCAAGAAGUACAAUAAGACAGUCGUCGAUGCUGUCAGCGACUACCUGACCCAGAUAUAUGACCACACCAUGGACACGCUCACACGUAGAUAUGGCGAGUCGUUCAUGGCAUCUACAAAGGUCGACUUCGUGCUCACAUGUCCGGCCGUGUGGUCAGAUUACGCAAAGAACACGACCCUCCAGGCAGCCGAGAGGGCGGGCAUGGGUGCCAAGUCCUCGAUUCAGAUGAUCAGCGAGCCCGAGGCGGCUGCCGUCUACACGCUCAAGGCCAUACAACCCAAUCACCUAAAUGUCGGAGAUAAUUUUAUAGUAUGCGACGGUGGUGGAGGCACUGUAGACCUGAUCGCCUACAAGAUAAUAUCGCUGAAGCCCCUCAAAGUUGAGGAGUCGGCUGUAGGGACAGGCGGGCUCUGUGGUAGUGCGUUCCUCAACUAUAGAUUCGAGGAACAUGUGAAAACCCGGCUUGGCAAGACUCGGUUCGACGAAAUGAAGGUCAAGAAGGGCAAGACAUGGCAGAUGGGCUUGCGAUAUUUUGAGGAGUUCGUCAAGCGAAAUUUCAACGAAGAUGAGCACCAGGAGAUAAACAUCCCCUUUCCCGGCCUUCCGGACGACGAAGAAGUCGGCCUGGACUCAGGCUUUCUCGUCAUGACUGCCGCGCAAGCUAAGGAAAUCUUCGAGCCUGUCGUCAAGGAAGUCUGCGACCUUGUACAGGGCCAAGUCGAUGGUCUCCGUGCCAAAGGUGGCAUCGUGUCCGGGAUCAUUCUGGUCGGCGGUUUCGGGCAGAGCGACUACCUGUAUAAACGGCUCAAAUCGCACUUCACUAGUGCGGCGCCUCCACCGUAUAGCGAGAGACCGACGCAUGCAAGUGCCUUGAGCAGCGCCGGUGACAACUCUUCCAUUGAGGUCAUGCAGCCAGUGUAUGCGUGGACGGCGGUCGUCCGUGGCGCGGUGCUCAGAGGGCUAGAGGGGAACAUGGUCAUCUCGAGGAAGGCGAGAAUGCACUACGGCACGAGCUAUGCGACCGUGUUUGACGAGGACAAACACUCUGUCAGUGAGAGGUAUUGGAGCCCACUGUGGGAGAGAUGGAUGGUUAGCGACCGGAUGCAGUGGCACAUCGCAAAGGGUGAGGCAAUAUCGCCACUGACACCAAUUGCGUUCCACUACACACGGAACUUUAGGCCGGGGCAGUCUCUAGUAGUCACGGAUGAUUUGAUUGCGUGCGAGGCCGACGAGCCUCCAGCAGCAUACACGCGGGAUCUGGUGCAUGUGUGCAAACUCACUACGGAUCUCAACGCCGUCCCAAGGAGCUUGUUCACCCGCUUGACCACGACAAGGGGGGUCGAGUUCGACAACCUGGAUUUCACCCUUGAGAUGAUUGUCGAUAGUGCAGGUUUGGGAUUUGAACUCAAGGUCGAUGGGGUCCGGUAUGGCCGUGUGGACGCGGAUUUCCAAUGA